AUGGUCCUUGCUCUCACGGGCUUCAGGCGAAGAUGGCUGGGGACAAGCACUGCAGCAGUCACGAAGCUCCACCAAGCAGCAAAGCGAUCCAGAAAUUCAGAUGGCGAACUUCUCGAGCUUUUUCAGACUGUCACUCGUAGUUUGGAAAUCAUCACCCCGCGGCAGCUUGCUCUAGUUGCAUGGUCUGCAGCACGUUUACACUUCAACUUCAGCUGCUAUGAUGCGCGACAAAUCCCACAGCAAAUUCUGAUACGAGCUGCAGAACUGGAUGCGCAAGGCGUAUCAAUGGUGAUGUGGUCAUUGGCCGUCCUCAGCCAUUCCGAGGUGGAGCCGCUUCUGGCUAGCGUUGUGUUGAAGUUGCCCGAGCUGUCCAUCCAAGGAGUGUCCAACACUCUCUGGGCUUGCGCGGUGCUGCGCCAGGAGCGCACGCCGAUGAUGAACGCACUUCAAAGGCAGCCCAUGCUUUCGAAGGUUGCUUUUGCAUCAUCUCAAGCAGCCUCCAACAUAGUUUGGGCAACUGCCCGACUGUCAUGGGCUGGUUCUCCGAUUCAAGAGGCAGCAGCGCAGCUUGCGUGCCAUCGAGUUCUGGAGCUGCGCCCGGCUGAAGCAGCUGCCAUUGUGUGGGCCAUUGCAGGCAAAUCCCGGCCUGGGCCGAGGGCUCGUCGGGCAUUGGACCUCAUCACCCAGCAGGCUGUUUCUUGUCCAGAGCCGAAGAUCAUGGCUGCCUGUGUGUGGUCUAUGGCAACUCUUCUUGUCACUGCAAAGCCUUUGUGGGAGCAACUUCAGGCUGCGGUGGAAGCUGUCAGCAAGCAGGCCAAGGGUUUCAAAUCUCAAGAGCUUUCGCACGUGUUUUGGGGUUUGGCCUCGGUGAGCCUGAGCAGCUCCUCGCCCUUGUGGCAGGCUCUUGCCCAUGCGGCCCUGUCGCAGAUCCAGGAGCUUUCGUCAACAGAGCUCGCAGCAAUUUCUUGGGCAAUGGCCGCCACACGAUGUGUUUGGCCUACAUGGUCGACUGCGCUAGCUGCAUCCAGGGCGCACGACACACCGAACCUCCGCACUCUUGCAUCGCUUGCGUGGUCCUGGGCGACCCUCGAGUUUGAGUCUGGCUUCUUAUCCAGCUCAGUGAAUGAGCAAGCUUGCAAGCUUGUCAAAGCAUAUGCAGACGCAUUCCCUCAACUUCCAGCUGCAGCUUGUCCGCCAGGUUCAGCUCGGUCAAGUUGCAAUCCGUGCAGGGCAGAGCUGCACAAGGAGCUAAUUGAUCCCUUGCUGCAGUUGUCCUGGGCAUUCUCAUUUGCAAAGGUAGAUUCCACCCUGUAUCAAUCAGAAGCAAAGAUCCUCCUUCGCCACGUCGGCUCCACUUGGGACAAGGAGUUCUCUUUGUCUACCGCCCCUAUCAGAAGGACCAGCACAUUUGACGAACCUCAAGUAUUGCUCCAGAAGCCAGGUGUGGUGCUUGUGCUCAAGCCUCCUGGAUGGGAGGUGGAUGGGGGCAAAGAUGCAGGGCAGGCUCGUCCCGAUGGCGCUUUCAAGCUGUCGACCUACUUGCAGCAUUGCUUUCCGUGCAGGCAGGGCGGCGCAACGCAAUGCCAUGAGACGCAUUGGCAUUUCACAGCCAGCUAA